UGCUGUGUAUGUAUGGGGAUUUUGCGUGAUGUGAUUUCUCUCGGGACGUAGGUGAUCCUUACUGAUGCAUGUCCCACGCCUCUGCGCGCUGGUUGCAACCCAUCGCAACAAACAGCUGCUCAGGAGGGACCCCGAGGAGCUCCACUGGCAGCGUCUCUGCGCAUUCAGCGCUGCUGCAGCACCGAGUCCGGCUGCGCGAACUUUAUCCGCCGCCUCACUCCACUUUUAGUUGGGGAUAUUUAUAUGAUGUGCACUGUUGAUUUUUAAGGUGUCAAACGUGACCGAAACCAGGACCAAGGGUGCUCAGAAUGACGAACGUAUGUUUAACUUUUGUUUCUAUUUGAAAUGCUUCCUGGAAAUUAUAUGUUUUUUAAAGAAGAAACGACGUGGGAAAAUGGAACGUUAUUUUUCAUUGAAAUUUUUCUGAAAGCACCGCGUGAGAAAGAAAUGCAGAACAUCACCGCAGCCGAAGGCAAUCAGACAUUCAUGACCUGGACCGAGAACAGCACCGAAUUCAAAGUGGUAAGCGUCCUCUUGGUAGCCCUGAUCUGUGCUGUUGGCAUCAUAGGCAACAUCAUGGUGAUCUUGGUGGUCCUCACUACCAAACACAUGCGGACUCCCACUAACUGCUACCUGGUGAGCCUGGCCGUGGCUGACCUUAUGGUGCUGACGACCGCCGGACUGCCCAAUAUCACUGAAAACCUGUACGGGGGGCACUGGAUGUAUGGCUACCUUGGCUGUCUCUGCAUUACCUAUUUCCAGUACCUGGGAAUCAACGCUUCCUCCUGUUCCAUCACCGCCUUCACGAUCGAGAGGUACAUUGCCAUCUGUCACCCGAUGAAAGCCCAGUUUCUGUGCACUCUCUCACGGGCCAAAAGGAUCACUGUGGUCGUCUGGGCUCUUACUUCUCUUUACUGCGUCAUGUGGUUUUAUCUGGCCGACACUAAAGAAUACUUUAAUGGAAGUGUCACCAUAGUUAAAUGCGAGUACAAAAUCCCGCGGAACCUGUACUUGCCCAUAUAUUUUGCCGAUUAUGCGGUCUUUUACGUCUUUCCUUUGAUUUUGGCCACUAUUUUGUACGGGCUGAUUGCAAGGAUACUUUUCCUAAACCCACUCCCUUCGGAUCCCAAGGAAAAUGUCAAAAAGUGGAAUAGAGAGUCAUCCAAGAGAAACAAGAUCACUUUGAAAAACUCAAACUGUUCCGGUAGCAAUACGGCGGCCUCCCGUAGGCAGGUGACGAAGAUGCUGGCGGUGGUGGUGGGCGUCUUCGCCCUGCUCUGGAUGCCCUACCGCACACUGGUGGUGGUAAAUUCCCUGCUGAAACAUGCCUACCUGGAUACCUGGUUCCUACUCUUUUGUCGAAGCUGCAUCUACCUGAACAGCGCCAUCAACCCGGUGAUCUACAACGCCAUGUCGCAGAAGUUCCGAUCGGCCUUCCGCCGGCUGUGCGGCUGCGCGGGAGACGCCGUGGCCGCCGGCCAUCGCUCGGAGAGGCCCACCGCCUGCAGCAUGGCUCUCACCUACAGUGUCGUCAAGGAGAUCUCCAACGACGACAGCCCCCAUCGCCUUACCACUGCCAUGGAAGACAUGGCAGCCAACAGCAGCUUCCUUCCCAGCAGGGAUCCGGGCUGUGGUUUCUGAGCUGCCGAGGUCGUGUCUGACAAGGCCUGACCAGCAUGCUCACGUGUGCGCUGAUGCACCGUUGACUGUCUGUUGACCAUUGUCACUGUUACAAUGUGACCGCAUGAUGCACUUUGAUUGGCUAUGUAUUUCUUUUAGACAUACCUUAAAAGGGAUUCUCCCACCUCUACAUGUUAGAAACAGAGUACCGAUUUGUACCUUUGCUUGCCACUGGGGCUGUACCCUCGAGGUUUUGCCAAUUGUACCCUUAGCUGUGAGUAAAUGUACCCUUUAGUCUAAUUCAUAGUACAGAAAUUUGUAUCCCCAAGGUACAAACAACAUUAACGUACCAUCAAUGAUACAAAAAUGUUCCAUUUCUGUGUAUUAAAUGGUACAUUUACCAUUGGGGGUGCAGCCCCAGUAACAAACAAAGGUACAAAUUGAUACUCUUUUCUCUGACAGUGUAGGGUUGUGGGUUUGAACCCCACCUCCACUCCUUGCACGUUGCACGUUUUCACGUUUUCCUUGCGUUGGAUGGGUUUUCUUCAGUAGCUUCAGUUUCCUCCCACAGUCCAAAGACAUGCAGUCAGGCUAACUGGUGUCUCUAAUCUUCCCCUUAGCUUGUAAUCCUGAGUGUGUGUGUGUGUGUGUGGCUGCAAUGGGCUAACACUCCGUCUGGACUGUACUCCUGCUCUUUGUACUGGGCUGUCUGGGACAUAAAAAGUAUAUUUUUUCCAUUAAUCUUUGGUUUCAAUUUGAAAAUGUUGUAGUACUUGUUAAUGGUACUGCUGCCUUGAAAUUUUAUUUAAUUGGGUAUGAUGCUAGUUGUAAUUGUAUUCUGGAUUAUUAUUCUGAGGACCAACAUGGACACUGUGGUGACACCUACUGGUUGGGACAGGGUGGUACAGUGUAGACUAUUCUCCUUUGGCAUGUACACCCUGCCUCCAACAGGGGGCUCCUUGCUGCUGCGUGCGCCCUGUUCUUUACUGCCAGUAUGUGGUGGCUACUGAGUGGGGAGUGUCAUUGUGGAACUUGGUGCCGCUUCAGACAGAAACAUCACAAAAGCAGUAAGAAUAAGCUUGAUAUCCACUGUGUGAGAACAACCACCUAUAAAGAGUCAGUUACCACAACUCACUUUGGCUGCAGGUGGAAGGUGGCGAUCGUGAAGGUAACCCUACCAGCUGGAAUGAGGCCGUCCCACAUGCCUUGACGGUAACCUGAAGCUGGUAUUAGCAGGCAGCAAAGGAAGAGUCAGCCAUGUGUUCUUCUCCUACAUUUUUAUCAUGGGUGGAAUCUGGGAGGAAUUUGCCUUCUGUUCUAUGCUGGCUGUUUGCACCUUUGCAUAAGUGGUUUGUUGGUAUCCAUAGACAAAAUAAUGGCUCCUAUGUGCAUUAACACAAAGGGUAAGCAAGAUACAUUUUUUUUGCAAAUGGGUCUGUACAGUGCAAAGAUCAAACUCCACUUAUGGUUUUUAUGCAUUUCAUACUCCAGAAGUUUGUAGACAGAUUUCUACACUUAUUAAUCUACUCCUGUAUUGCUUUUAUCAAAGUGGGACAGCUGCUGUAGCUACCAAGACCAAGUCAGAAGUUUCAUUACUGGGACUUGAACUCACAACAUUCUGGUUCCACUCUUACUCAGCAGUCACUCACUGUGCUAACAUGUGGAAGGUUCACUUCCUCACAGGCUCACGCUAAGAUGUCAGUGGGUCAGUGUGAGAGGAAAUGCAAUUACCCUCACGCAGUGUCUGUGCUCAGACUGAAACAAGGGCCACAUUGUUUUAACAAGGUGAACCGUAGGUAGAGCAGCCGUCAAACUGGUCACUUAGAGAUCACAGUGCUCAGAAUGGAGCAUUACAUUGUGAUCAGAAGUGUCCACAUUUUCAGAGAGACUUACUGAUCAUCAUGAAUCUGACAGAUUGGCAGCAUCAUGCUGUAAUUCAAUAACUUUGUUUUUGUAUGUGUGUCAUUUAUCAACACACUAGGACAGCAGGCCAAUUAAGAAACAUUGAUAAAUUCACCAGUUCAAUAAUUCAGUAAUUACAGCGCAUCACAUAAAUGGGAACAUAUAGUGACAGCACUCCCUCCAACCAGAGUGACAGGGGCCCUAAAAAAUUUGGAACAAAAUUGGACCGGUUUGGGUCGGGAGCCCAGUAUGUUAUGCUUUCUUGGGGCCCAAAAUCUCUAGCAGCGCUAUCUGGGGUAUUUGGGUGUCCUUUCAUACUUAUUUUGUAAACUGAUGCUCUGUGAUUCUUCUUGCCAUAGUGAUUUACAAACCCAGGUUCAAUGUGUCCUCUAUACACAUGAAAACAAACAAUAGUAUUUUCACGCAAAACUGCAUCACCUGACAACGGCAUCCAUGUUUAGGAAAGCAGACCUGACUACGGCCAUACUCACUUUCGGACGGUAUUUUAAGCUUUAAAUAAAAAAAAAAGAUCCUUCAUAUGAUUACACAAUAAACUAUUCUACUACUAUAAUUUAAAAACAAAGCUCGUUCAGCAAAUAAUCGUUUUGAUUAAUUAAUAGUUGAUCUGUUUAAUAGUUGAUUUCAUACAUAUCCUCAAAAAUUUGGUAGUAUUAUACAACAUUAGUUUUAUAUUGUUUUGUUUAGUCAAUAUCAACAUUGAUCAUGACAUUUUUCUUGGUAUACUUGCACUGUAAACUGUAUUUAAAAUUUGUGAUGUUAGAUGUGUUUAGUGGCAAGCGGCAGUUCCGUCUAACUGUUGUCCAGUGGCUCUUUCAACACCUCAGUGUUUGCUUUUCGUUUUGCUCAAACUGCUGAAGGUGUUGGUCAGUUGUGGACUUUAUGGUGAAAAUCCUGACACUUAAGAAGACAAAAAAAAAAACAUUGUGGCAUAAAUGCUGAGUUGUGAAAAUAAAUUAUUACUGUCUGUUAAGGGCUGAUUGUCAUAGGUUAUGGUGUCAUAUUGAGAUUAUUCAGCUGUAAGUGAUGUUCUUGCGCCAGUUUUUUGUGCAUUAUAAAUGGAUAUCAUUUAUUUGCUUUUGGAAGUAUUACAUAAAUACUCUUCAAUAAACUAGCUAGUUUGUAAGGA